AUGCUCAACAUAGACGGCGUAAAUUUCAAAGACGAGACCGGAAGAACCGUUCUUCUUCGCGGUGUCAAUCUUUCCGGCGACACCAAACAGCCUGGACGGCCUGACCUCCCUUCGCAUCUAUCCGACGACUUUUACGAAUCAGCAGACACUUGCUCCUUUAUUGGGAGACCCUUCCCGCUAGAUGAAGCAGAUGAGCAUUUAUUGAGGUUAAAGAGUUGGGGAUACAAUGUUGUUCGCUAUGUCAUUACCUGGGAGGCUGUCGAACAUGCUGGACCUGGGAAAUACGACGAAGAAUUCAUCGACUACACCCUCCAAAUCCUCAAAAAAUGUCGGGAACACAAUAUGCACGUUAUCAUGGACCCACACCAAGACGUCUGGUCUCGAUUCUCCGGUGGUUCGGGUGCGCCAUUCUGGACACUCCUUCUCGCCGGCCUUAACGCCCGGCACUUCCACGUCACAGAAGCAGCGUUAAUCCACUCCGAAUCCGACGACAAACACAACUUCGAAAAAAUGAUUUGGAGCACGAAUUACCACCGCCUAGCCGCUGCGACAAUGUUCACCCUCUUCUUCGCUGGCCGAGAUUUCGCGCCUCAUGCGAAUGUCAACGGGAUGAAUAUCCAAGAUUAUCUGCAGACGUAUUUCACGAAUGCCAUGUCCCACUUCGCUGGUCGAAUUGUGGAGGCGGGGUUAGCCGAUGACCCAGUCAUCGGGUGGGAAACGCUCAAUGAACCGAACCUGGCACUCAUUUCCCACGAGAAUCUGGGUAUUAUCCCGAAGAGUCAGGAACUCCGCAAAGGAACCGUACCGACUCAAUUUCAAGCUAUGUUAUUGGGAAUGGGAAUUCCCUGCACGGUGGACGUCUACGACUUUGGCGGCUUCGGGCCGAAGAAGACGGGUGUGAAGACAGUUGACCCCAAAGGCCUACGCGCAUGGCUAAGCCCAGAAGAAGUCGCAAAAGCAGACGUGAAAUACGGCUGGAAGCGUGACGAAAGAUGGGAGAUGGGUACGUGUCUCUGGGCUCAGCACGGAGUGUGGGAUAGGACCACGAACCAACUCGUGAAGCCACAAUACUUCCGCUAUACACCCAAGGGUGAGGAAAUCACCACAGACUCCUUCCUCGAGACUUAUUUCCGAGAACAUUUUAAAGUCUAUGCGGGUGGGAUCCGGGCUGAGCAUCGUUCGGCUAUCCUAUUUUGCCAACCACCCGUCAUGGCUCCUCCACCACAUUUCAUCAAUACCCCCGAAGCGGUGGAUCGGUUAGUUUAUACCCCGCACUACUACGACGGCUUGACAUUGAUGAACCGCCAUUGGAAUCCGAGGUUUAAUGUUGAUGUCAUGGGGAUUAUGAGAGGGAAAUACUCGAGUCCGGUUUUUGCGAUUAGGGUCGGUGAGAAAGCUGUAAGUAGGAACUGCCUCAAAGACCAAUUAAACAUGAUCCGAAGAGAGGGAUUGGAGAAUAUGGGCCCCAUCCCGUGCUUCAUGUCCGAGAUUGGGAUUCCGUAUGAUAUGGACGCCUGCUACGCCUACAAAACCGGAGACUUUUCAUCCCAGUUGGGCGCGAUGGACGCGAAUCAUUACGCGCUCGAGGGGAGCGGAAUGAAUUAUACGCUGUGGCAGUAUAGUCCGAGUAAUGUGCACGAGUGGGGUGAUAACUGGAAUCGAGAAGAUUUGAGUUUGUGGAGUCGGGAUGAUAUGGUAGACCGUGAGACGCCCGCUACCUCGAUUUCGAGGAAGAGGAGGACGGAGAGUGGAUUGGAGAGUCCAGCUAGUACUGAUUCGGAGGGGGAUUCUUCGGAUAUUGCGUUGAAGAAACCGUUGAGGUCACGGUUCGCGGAUGAUAACGAGGGGUACAACGACGGUGCCCGCGCCCUCCGCGCAUUCGUCCGACCAGCACCCAUCGCGACGGCCGGAACCUCCUGCACCUGGUCCUUCGACCUCCGCGCCCGCACAUUCGAGUUCGCAUUUACCGCCGACCCCACAAUCACCGCCCCAACCGAGAUUUUCUUUCCCGAACUCCAAUUUAGCGAACAUGCGCGUGUCGAGAUCAGUUCGGGGCGGUAUGAAGUUGAUCGCGAGAGGCAGGUGUUGAAUUGGUGGAGUGAGGGGGGUGGGGAGCAGAGGAUUAGGGUUGUUGAGGCGGUUGGGCAGGCGGGGAAUUUGAGGGUUAAGAAGAGGGGGGGUGGGGGUUGGUGUUGUCCGCCUUGUGUGGUGAUGUGA